UUUCUCUAUUCUUGUUCUUCUUAUUAUGAGCUUAGCUGGCGUCUGCGGCCCAAGCGUUGCUGGAAUGAAGAGAGGAAGAGACUUUCAUCCGCCACGAGGCUCCUCUGCUGCUGCCAUGCAGUUUGAUUGUCAUCUCUCUCACGAGUUCGAGCCCUUUAAAAAGAUGCCCUGUCUCUCAAAUAUAUCGCCAGGCCCUGCAGUGUCCCUACCAGUCCCAGUCACCAUACAAGCCCCUCCAUUACUGCAUCACGCUAUGGUGAGUCGUUGCUCUCCACCCGCAGGAGCAGUAAGCAGCAACUACAGCACAACCGGACAUAUAGUCACAGGCCAUGCCUUGCAUACCGUCGUUCCUUUUGGCCCUGGAAUCCAAUCAGGCGAUGCUCUGAGGAUGGAGGACAUUGAACUACAAACGGAUCAAUCAAAAAAUGGCUUUACAUUAUUCAUUAGUGAUGAACCAGAAGAAAAUUAUAGAGCCCGAUAUGAAAGUGAAGGGUGCAGAGGCCCAAUGAAAGGAAGGAAUGGUGGAUGCCCUUCUGUUACGUUAGUAAAUCCUCAACAAUGUCCAUUGGUAUCAGCAGAAGUGAGUGUUGAGCUAACAUCUAAUGACGGGACAGUGCUGCAGUCUUGUCGGCUGGACAGCAUGGAGGAAGGACAGAACCUUCACAAGAAACUGAUUAUAGGAGAGAAGACAGUUUUUGAUAACCUUCGCAUUAGACGACUUAAGAAAACCGACACGACUUCAUCAUCUCCCAAAGGUGCCACAAUGCCAGCCAAGAAGACUGGGGGACGAGGGAAACAAGACGAAAAGCAGGCUCACCUACAGUUCAAAGCAAAACUAACACUAGAGAAUCAACAAAUAAUAACGUUAAAAGCAAUCAGCUCCGCUAUUUAUCUCAAUGCUAAUCACGACCCACCAGAGAUACACAAGAUAAUCCCAGACUUUGGUAACCAUGGUACUCAGGUAGCCAUCAUUGGCACUAGAAUGCACUCACCAAGAGUGAUGUUCAUUUUUACCGGUCAAGAUGGACGAGAAAAUGAAAUCAUUGCUGACAUUGAGAAAGAAAUAUCGCAUCAGAAUGCUCUUGUUAUUAAAGUCCCUCAGAUACCUGGAAAUAUAUUCAGUGGCUCGUGUGUUGUGUCUCCAGUCAAAAUACGAGUGACAGCUGGUAAAGGAGACAGAACAGGAAGGGAUCCUUUACGAAGCAACCUCUAUCCUUUCUCAUAUGUUAAGCAAGGUCCCUGUAAGGAGUGCUCAAUGGCUUCCCUAACUCCUCCUUCCCUCCCCCAGUACUCCAGCACUGGUUACAUGCCUGCUCAUUACAUGAUGCCCACGGCCUCCUCCGUCAUCAUGACCUCCUCGAGGCCACACCCAAUAUCCCCCCACCACACCCCUCCCCCUCCCGUCACUCCCACCUCCUCCGUGACCGGACGUGUCGAGGUAGAUCAGAUCCUAGAGGACCUCUGCGAAGAAUCCAAUCCCGCCCAUUCUUGCAUCAUAUCGCCAACACCUCAACACUCGCCGUAUAGCUACCCAAGCCACACCUCUCCCAUGGGUGGAGGGAGGUUCACGCCCACAGUAUCAAGCAUGGAGAGUAUUGUUAUGCCGACGGAGACAACUAGCCAAGUCAAACCAGAGGAGUUAGAGAGGUAUCUGCCAUCUUAUCCCUCUCCUCCUCUCAUUAGCUACGCUUCUCCGAUUAACUCCUACUCUCCUCCUUAUUGCCAAGGCCCUAGCAGCUACUCGUCGUCCUGACAACGGUUGCCGGGGAAGUAUUGCGCAAUACUAUCAGUCGGGUUGUGUCAAUCCUUUUCUGCCAGAAACUAAGUAACGAUGUUAUACAUCAAAACCAUUAACUGUAAUUGUUAUCCUCCCUCUCUCUCUCUCAUGGUAGUCUAUUUCUAAUGAAAUAAUUAUUAUUAUAUACUUCUCUCCUAUAUCCUUUCUCUUUACUCCAGUUAGCUAUAGGCUUAAGAUUAUAUAUUGGUAUCUAGUAGUAGUAAUGGUUAUUAUUAAUAUUAUACACGUAUAAGUGAAAGUGUUUAUUAGUUCUGUUUCCUCUUUCCUCCUCUCCUCUCCCUUGUCUCUUUUUAUUUGUUUUUGACAAAUUUAAUUUCUCUUUCCUUUCCUCGGAAUGUUUUUAAUAUUCUACACACACAAAUAAAUACCCUUAAUUACCUCUUAAACUAUAAAUUAUACUUACAUUAUAUACAAAUAUAUAAAUUAUAUUAUAAAUUGUCUAUUAUUACGUAUAUAUAUUUGAUGUAAUUGCUACUGUAUUACUUAUAAUUAUUUGUGCUGUUUUUUUUUCAAAUAAAUUUCAAACAUGUCUUAGACAUAAA